CAAAUAACAUCCCUCUUUUACUUCAAUUCAAUUUCAUGUAACUAAAUAAAAAGUAGUAUAUUAGAAAAUACACGAUAAGAAAAUCCACAAACAAAAAAAAGUCAGCAAUAUGACAGAGUCAAACGCCAUAGCAAAUGGUUUAGCUGGUGCUGGUGGUGGAAUCAUUGCUCAAAUACUAACUUAUCCACUUCAAGCUGUUAACACACGCCAACAAACUGAGAGAACACUCAAAAGGAACAAACAUUCCAACACAACAACAACAUCCACUGUUUCUUCUUCUUCUCCUGGCAUUUUUCUUCAAAUCUUUCAAGUUGUUGGAAAUGAAGGAUGGGGUGGACUCUAUAGUGGACUCAAACCUUCUCUUCUAGGAACUGCUGCUUCUCAGGGAAUUUACUACUUUUUCUAUCAAGUUUUUAAGAACAAAGCUGUGGCUAUUGCAGCUGCUAGGAAAGUCAAAGGACAUGGAGAUGGUACUGUUGGAAUGUUUGGUUGGCUCAUUGUGGCUGCUAUUGCUGGGUCCUUGAAUGUAUUGCUAACAAAUCCAAUAUGGGUUCUAGUGACUCGUAUGCAGACACAUACUCAAGCCGAAAGAAAAAUCAUGGAAGAAAAGAAAGAAGCUUUAAGGAAGGCUGCUUCUGAAAGCAUCCUAGCAGGUUCAACAUUGGGAGAAAAAUUAGAAGAAUUGAAUUCUACAAAACCUCAACCAUUUGGGACUAUACAUGCAGCUAAUGAAGUAUUUAAUGAAGCUGGUAUAGUUGGAUUUUGGAAAGGUGUCAUCCCUGCUCUUAUUAUGGUAUGCAAUCCAUCUAUCCAGUUUAUGAUAUAUGAAAGUUCAUUGAAGCAUCUAAGGGCAAAACGCUCUGCUAAGAAGCAGGGGGAUACAAGUGUAACAGCUUUGGAGGUCUUUUUGGUGGGAGCAAUAGCAAAACUUGGAGCUACUGUCUCAACUUACCCAUUGCUAGUUGUCAAGUCAAGGCUUCAAGCAAAACAGGAGAUUGGUGGAAGUAACUCAUUAAGAUACUCAGGUACUUUUGAUGCAAUUCUUAAAAUGAUCCGUUAUGAAGGAUUACCAGGAUUUUAUAAAGGGAUGAGCACAAAGAUAGUACAAAGUGUAUUUGCUGCUUCUGUACUAUUCAUGGUAAAGGAGGAGCUUGUUAAGGCUAUCAUGGUGGUAGCUGAUAAGAGCAAAAAAGUUGUAUUGAAUUUGAGUAGUUGACUUCAUUUUUCUUGAGCUGUAGAAACAAUACAUAGCUUACUUCUUUACUCAUGUUAGAAAAAUGAUUUCUAAGCAUAGGAAGAUAAAUUGGCCUAUGUUUAUUGUCCAAUAAAUGAUUAAUGUGUAGAAACAUAUUAGUGCAUCCUUUUCUUUUGUUUGUCUGGUCAGUCUAUUUUUAGAAAUUUUUUAUGUUUAUCUUCAAAAGAUAGACCCCUUCUUCCUGAUCCUUCAAAUGGAUUCACCAGAACUAAUGUAGUCUAGAUGGGAUACACAGAAGAUGUUGGAGGAAACUGGUGAAAAAUGUGUUGCUCAAGAAAGAGCCCCUGAGGAUGUUUAGAUGAAUGAAGCACCUGUUCAAAUGGAAUUUAUUGAGAAUGUUGAAGGUUCUUCUAAAGGUGUUCCUAUUAUAUUUUUCUUGAAUGCAUCAUUUAAGUUUUGGUUA